AUGGCCAUCCCUCAUUUCCGAGUUGAUACUCCCAUCCAAUUACUUGAAUGUGAGCAGGCUUGGAAUGCUCUGACAAUUCAAGAAAAGCUUUACGCAUACCACUUUUCUCUUGCUUGCUGGGAAGGCAGCAAAAUUACUUUCUUCCAAAAGUCUUACGAGUCCCCAGGCAUCUUUCUACUCUUACAAGAACUUUUCAGCAUUCCCUAUCUGAAAGAGAGAGCACUACAAAUUGGUUUCGCAGAAGAAGACUUAAAUUUACUCAAAGCUUAUGCUUGUGGAGUUUAUACCAAUUUUGGUAAUUAUUGGGGCUUCGGAAGUAAUAAACUCGUCCCUGAGCUUGCACAGGAAAAAUUUGACAACCUUGUAAGAAGAAUUGGGACUCCUAGAAUAAAGGAUAUUUGGGCAAAGGUAGGAAAUUUGAUUUAUGAUAGGAAUCCUCCACUUAAUAAUCUUGAGUUUUCUGACAGAGGAGGUGUGAGCUCUUAUUACUCUUACAAUGUAACUUCUUCUGAUGCAGAACUUGUAAAGAGGUUUCUGAUUAGCAUAAAUCUUAACUUAACUUAGAUCAUGAUAAAUUAGCACCUGGCCAGUUAUGUCGGCUUUCCUGCCCCUUGCUUCGUUCCACCCUCUGUCUUGCCAUUCCGAUUACACGGACUAAGGUAUGUGGAUGAGAGCUUGCACUCUCAAACAAGAGUGCUGCUGUUCCAAAAAUCUAAAGUGAAUUUUCUGGUAAGGCUAUCACCAAGAUAAAAUUUACCCAGGACACAACUCCCAGGCUUUCCCUUUCAAAUUUCAGGUUUCAUACCCCCUCGAGAUAAAUCUUGGAUGUGAGCCUGAGGUCAGUUACCUGACACUGCGAUCCAUCAGACCAAGUAAAACCCUUAAGGCACUCUCGCUCUAUGCUGUUAUCCCUCCAGCAAGGUCUCAUUUCCAUCUUGCUAUAGUUGCUUAGAGGGCAGACUAGCUUACCAUGUCAUUUUAAGUAUGAUCAGCAUAAACCAAGUAGACUUGCAUUGGAAUAGUAGGCUUUGGAAGGUUGACGGCGUUUUGGAUGUAAAAAUUGCAAGCAAUCGAGGGCAAUGGCUACCUUGCUUACUGCCCACUCCAUGAGUGAACUAAACCAUUGAAAAAAUCCUAUUUUUUUACCCAAAAACCAACCCUCCUUGAGUGAACAAAAAUUUUCUAUGAAAAUUUUUUGAUAUAUAAGUGAUGAUAAUGAAAUAUCUAGCUAAUUCUGUUUAAUUUUAAGCAGCUUUAUUUAAUAAAAACGUAAAUUUUGGAAAAAAAAAUACCUAAAUUUUAACCCCCCGUAGGUGAACAAAUUUUUUUUUGUUCGUUUAUUGAGGGGAGUUAGGAGAUUAUGAAUUUGAAGGUCAGAAAAUCAGGAUUUCUAAUGGAGAUUUCUACAUAUUCACCCAAAGAAUUAUCUCCCACUUAUCUAAUGCUCUUCCGUAUUCUGCAAACGAGCAUCAAGAGAGAAUGAUCGUUGAUUACAUCAAGCAUUUUUCGACUGGCGACAUAAAAGAUCAUAAAAACUCUCAGAGACAUUGGAUAAAAGACAAAGGCCCAGUUGUUGAAACCAACAUCGGCUUCAUUGAAAAUUAUGUGGACCCUAUGAACAUCAGGUCUGAUUUUGAAGGAUUCGUCAGCAUUGUCGACAAAAUCGUAAGUUCCAAGUACUCCACUUUAGUCUCCAAAGCUGCAGAAAUCAUCCCAAAGCUACCAUGGGGCAAGACCUUUGAGAAAGACCAAUUUUUGAAGCCUGAUUUCACCUCACUCACUGUUCUCGCAUUUCCUGGCUCUCUUCUUCCUAUAGGCAUCAACAUUCCAAAUUACGACGAUAUAAGACAAUCUGAAGGGUUCAAAAAUGUGAACUUGGGAAACGCGUAUCCUAAAGUCAACCUAAAAACACUUCAAUUUGUAUCCCAGGAAGAUGCCCAGAUGAUUGAAGAUCUUUUUCAUACUGCCGGAGAGCUUGCAGUUGCUCUUCACGAGCUGCUUGGUCAUGGAUCAGGAAAACUCCUAUCAAGAGAUGCAAAUGGGCAUUUUAACUUUGACACAGAAGCCAUAAACCCCGCAACUGGAGAAAAGAUUGACUGCUGGUACGAAGGAGAUGAAACUUGGUCUUCGAAAUUCGGAAGCCUUUCAAACCCAUAUGAGGAAUGUAGAGCUGAGACUGUGGCUGUUUAUUUAUCGUGCUUUAAUGAGCCAUAUGAAGCUUUUGGAAUCACUGAAGACAUUGAAAGAUCAAGAAACAUGAUUUGGCUCAACAUGGCUCUCGGAGGACUGAAAGGGCUGGUUUUGUAUAACUCAGAAGCUGGAAAAUGGGGUCAGGCGCAUGCAUGGGCCAGAUAUGUGAUUUUUAGAGUUAUGCUGGAAGUAGAAGGGCUAGUAAGAAUUGAAUUUACAGAAGAUAACCAGUUCAUACUGAGAAUGGACUACAGCAAAAUCCCAACUGAAGGCUUUAACGCCAUUUCCCGCUUCCUAACGAAGCUAAACUGCUUCAAAGGCACUGGAGAUGUCAGAAGAGGCACUGAGCUUUUCAAUCACUACUCCCAGAUGGACGACACUAUAUUAAGAGUCCGCCAAAUCGUUAUCAGCAACAUGAAGCCACGAAAAGCCAACGUCCAAUGCCACCUAGACUUCAAUGGAAGUUUUCCUGAGCUGAUCAAGUUUGAGGAAAGCAUGGACGGGAUCAUCAGGUCUUUCCAAGAAAGAUUCCCUACCUUUGACGAAGAAAUGUACCGCCUGUGGGAAGAAGAAUUUAGCUUUAAUCGUCAUUAA